GAAAAACAGAGGUAACCCAUACUCCAUUAUUUUGUAAACUCCCUCUUUGUCUAUCGCUUUGUCUUCAAGACUACUUGAACUGCUAUUUCAAACCAAAACAGUCUUGUUAGUCUUCUUUUUCUUUAUCAGUGAAUUGAAUUUUCACUUGUUUUUUCUUUUUUUCCAAUUCAGAGGUUCCGUAUACUCUUUUCCUAUUGAAUAUUAUACUAUUUGUUCUCAAUUAUUUGACAAAAAUGGCUUCUCUUAAUCCAAUUUCUCAAUCUCAAUCUUUACUUAACAAACCCCACCUCCAAGUUUCUUCAUCUUCGUGGUUUUCUCUUUCUAGUGUUCAUUUCCAAUCUGCUUUUGUACCCAAAGGAGUUUCUUUUCAAUUUCAAGUUCCUUUGAGAAUUGUAAACAUGCCUUUGAAAGCUGCUUCUAUUGUAUCUGCGACGACUGCGGAGAAACCCAGAAAGCGUUACCCAGGAGAGGCUAAAGGGUUUGUGGAGGAGAUGAGAUUUGUGGCUAUGAAGUUGCAUACCAGAGAGCAAGCCAAAGAAGGGGAGAAAGUGGUGGAGAAGCCAGAGGAGCGAGCUGUCCCCAAAUGGGAGCCUUCAGUUGAAGGGUAUUUGAGGUUUUUGGUUGAUAGCAAGUUGGUUUAUGAUGCCCUUGAAUCGAUUGUUGAAAAGGCAGCUUAUCCUUUUUAUGCUGAGUUCAAAAACACUGGAUUAGAAAGGUCUGAAAGCCUGGCAAAAGAUUUGGAGUGGUUCAAAGAACAAGGCUAUGCCAUUCCAGAACCUUCUUCUCCUGGUAUCAGUUAUGCACAGUAUCUAAAGGAAUUGUCAGAGAAGGAUCCUCAAGCAUUUAUUUGCCACUUCUACAAUAUAUAUUUUGCCCAUACUGCUGGUGGUAGAAUGAUUGGGAAGAAGGUGGCUGAGAAGAUACUUAAUAGCAAGGAGUUGGAAUUCUAUAAAUGGGAUGGUGACCUUUCCCAACUGUUGCAAAAUGUUAGGGACAAGUUGAAUAAAGUUGCUGAGAGCUGGACUAGAGAGGAGAAGAACCACUGUCUGGAAGAAACUGAAAAGUCAUUCAAAUAUUCAGGGGAGAUCCUCCGAUUGAUAAUAUCAUAAUGUACAUAGUUGAUCAAUCUUCUUUUAAUCCUGUGUAACGAUGCGCAAGCCUAAGUACUAAUGUUCAUAUUGAAAAACAUUUUGUUUUUCCUUAUAGUAUUAUUCUUCAAUGAAAUGAAACUGCUGUUCUGUACAUUACAACUUUAAUUUUACACAUGAAUAGAUUUAAGAAUGAAGUUUGGUUGAGCCA